AUGCCCGCGAAGACACAGGUGCACGCCGGUGGAGGAGUGGAGGCUCCAGUGAGCUCCACUCCAUGUCAGCCGGAGCUCUGGUCCAUUGCAUGCAGGGAUAAACACCAUGCAGUACCUCCUUCAACCCUCUCAUCACCUCCGACCAUCCCAAUGACCAGCAGGUUUGAUGUCCUGAGCAAGGAGGAUUUCCCUCCUCUGGGCGAGAAUGCCCAACAGCAGCAAGCAGUAAAACCAUCCUCCAUUCACCGCAAGCUGCUGAAGGAGGCUGUCGCACAGAGGAGCUCUGGGAGUAACACCAACCCUGUGACAACUGGACCCUCUGCUGCUGGUAAAAGGUGCUUCUCGGGACUACAGAGCACCCUGGAGCCAUCCAGUCCCAGUCCAACUCAGAAGUGUGUCCAUGAGGGCCUGGCCCAGAGCCCUGCUUUCUCCCGGGCGCUCCACGGAGGUCUCCUUCAUCUCAAGGCCAUCCUGGACGACUCGGGUAGGAUAAGCGCAACAGGGGCAUAGCACAUGCUUCCCUGGCAGCUAGACAACUGGCCCCAACAGCGGAUUCUCGGGUGAGUCCUCUGUCUCACUCCUCUGGUGGUGAUGUGUGUCCUGGGCCACCUCAUGUGUCUGCUGCUUGUCCCUCUGUCCUCGUUGUUGGAUCAUUGAUGGUCCGCCACAUGCAGAUUAACAGGUACACUACUUCAUACCACCCAGGUGCACUUGGUGAUGAUAUUAAAAAUGCACUCCCCCUGCUCCUACGUCACCACUCCUCUGUGUCCACAGUGGUGGCACAUGUAGGAUCAAAUGAUUUGCACCUUCAGCAGUCUGAGAAACUCAGAAAUGAUUUUAUUCAGUUAAUUGACAGUAUUCUUGAUGUGGGGAAACAGUGCGUAAUCUCUGGUCCGUUUCCCUCCCCCCGCUUUGGUGACGUUAAAUUCUCCCGUUCACAACAACUUCAUAUCUGGCUUAAGGACUACUGCUGCAACAGGGGCAUUCCAUAUGUGGACAACUUCACAACAUUUUAUACAAGAACUGAUCUCUUUAAACAUGAUCGACUCCAUCCAAAUUACACCAGAUCCCGUCUUUUAUCAUUGAACAUCGAUCUUACUCUGCACUCCUGCAAGGCUUUUUCAGCAAGCACAAUUCCAUAA